AUGGAAGCCCAGAGCUGGUACGGAUCAUCAUCGGUUGACUCCCAGGGAUCUUCGGCUGUUGUGGAGCAUCGCAGACGACUGCCGCCACUGGCUAUGAAGGGACCAAGCUCCUUCGAGACUGCUCGAUGGAAAGCCAAUGGAAUGGCUUCCAAGGGCCCAUUCAAGAAAAACAGUCCCGAGCACGCGGAUGCACCCUACCCACCCGUUGGUAGCGUGACCCAGGACGCGAAAAUGCUCGACGCGAUAUAA